CAACUGCCAAGUAAAAGGUACCAGGCACACUAGUUAUAUUGAUACUAUUUUAUAAAGUUUGUUAAAAAGUAUUAAGCUCGCAAUGCUGGCUGUCGGAGAAUCAGCUCGGCAGUAUGGAGACCGAGGCCACCAGGCGGAGUGCAACCCCCUGGGAAGACAUCCGGCUUACGGAUCGGACAUGGAUCCCGAGGGUCAGGACAAGAGCCUGGGGUUCUGCAACGCCAGCAUUCGGCGGGGAUUCAUGCGGAAGGUGUACCUCAUCGUGGUGGCGCAACUUAUUACUUCGCUGGUGUUCAUAGUGGGUUUCAAUAACGACAUGAGGGUGCGACAGAUGAUGACUGAGAACCCCUUGUUCUUUCUGAGUGCCCUGUUUACCGGCCUUGCCGUCCUGCUAAUUCUGGCCUGCAAUGAGAGCUUCCGUCGGCGCACUCCAACGAACUUCAUCUUCCUGGUGGCGUUUACCAUAGCCGAAUCCAUUCUGCUGGGAGUGGCCUCAUGCCGAUGUGCUCCAAGGGAGAUUUUACUGGCCGUGGUUAUAGCGACGGCAGUUUGCCUGGGACUCGCCUUCUUUGCCCUGCAGACGCGGUAUGACUUCACCUUGAUGGGUGGCAUGCUGAUGAGCUACCUCUUGGUCCAGCUGCUCUUCUGGAUCGUGACCGUCUUCGCGGGCUACGGUCUCACCACCACCAUAUACGCCUGCCUGAGUGCCCUGCUCUUCUCCCUCUACCUGGUCUACGACACGCAUCUGAUGAUGGGCGGCAGGCACAGGUGCUCCAUCGGUCCCGAGGAGUACAUAUUCGCCGCUCUCAAUCUCUACACGGAUGUGAUCAACGUUUUUAUGGACAUUUUGAAGGUUUUGGGCGGAUCCGACUAAUCCCAAAUACACGGCCCACUUUCCGGCACUUAUCGGAUUAUUCACUCCAAUGAUUCAAUGUCGAAAAUUAGUAAAUCAAAUUGUGCAGCAUCAA